GCAGCAGGAGCAGUCAUCAAGGAAUCGCUGGAACCUAUCCUGGAGAGUUACAGGCCAAUUGGUAUAUCGCAGUUGAAGUUUAAAGAGCUUCUUUUGGGAAAUGUGGCUCCCCAGAUUGAAGGUAUCAGGACAAAGAGCUUGGAAAAGGGCCAGGUCACCAUGGACUUGAAAUUCCGAUGGGGAGGCGAUCCCAGCAUUGUACUAGGUGUUUACACCAUGAUAGGGCCCGUCUUACCAGUGCAGCUGAAGGACUGCAAAUUUUCUGCCACCGUCCGGGUCAUCUUCGUGUUGUCAGAGGAGAUGCCUUUUAUAUCCGCUAUCGUGGUUGCCCUGUUGGCAAAGCCUAAACCUUCCAUCAAGUAUAUAUUUAAGGUGAUCCAUGGUUCCUUAACAGCCGUUCCCGGUCUUUCGGACAUGAUAAGAGAUCUCGUGGAGGACAUUGUUAUCGAUCAGUUACAAUGGCCGCACAGAAUAAUCAUCCCACUUUCGGCAGAUCCUGGUAUUUUAAGUGAUUUGGAAACGAAGCUCCAGGGCAAGGUAACGUGCACAGUUGUCAAAGCUGAAAGUCUCAAGAACCCGAAGACCAAUAUCUUGAUGGCUGACCCGUACGUGAUAUUGUAUGUUCGCCCUCUGUUCAAGUGCAAGACUCAAGUGAUCAAUGAGAAUCUCAAUCCUCAAUAUGAUGAAACUUUCGACCUAAAUGUUGAGGACCAUGAGACACAGGUGUUACAUUUCAAGGUUGUGGAUGAAGAUCACGAUAUGUACAUGGGGAACGCUAAAACCCUUGGUUUGGCUUCGUUCUCUAUCUCAAAAUUGGUGCCAGAACAAAAACAAACCCUCAGACUGCAGCUGUCGCCAUCUUUGGACAACGAUCUAGUCAAGGAGGAUCGUGGCACACUUCACAUAGAACUUCUAUACCAUGAGUACACUCAAGAGGAAUGCGCACAGGCUAUGGAACUCGAGAAAGUGGAACUCAAGAAACAGGAACUAGCAGAGGUUGAGAGAAAGAAGGAAUUAGAAGUUUCUGGAUUGCGGGAAGGACUGUGUAGAGCUGGCGUGUUGUGUGUCGGAGGAGUCGUUCUCGGUGGUUCAGAAAUUGUCCGUGGACUGGUUGGAGGCACCAGAAUGCUUGCCGAGGGAUCAAAGGUUGAAGCUGCCGGGAUGCUUGUCCGAGGAAUAGGUAAAGGUGCCGGACAAUUCGUUCACUGUGUUACCUUGGGCGUUGCAGACUUGGGCCUGGGGGCGACCUCGAGUGUUAAACGUUUCGCGGGUCUUGAAAAUUCGUUUGGAGAGGAGUCGCAGUUGGAGGAGGCAAGGGAGUGAAAGCGCUCACCGGAGGGAUUCCACUACAAUCAUCCCAGCUUGAGGGAUGACUGUAGUGGAGUGGGAAUGUGAUUGUCAAGUGAUUUUUGGACUGAAGAUGACUGUAAUGGAGUGGAAAGGCAACUGUCAAAUGAAUUUUGGAUUGAAAAUUUAUCCGCUCCUUCCAUAUACAGACACCGGCCAUUGUCUUCUGAACUCUAGUCGGUACUAGCUUCAACUUCAAUGUCGUUAGCUCCAAUCAAAACAGGCGGAGGCCCACGUGGAAUACAUUUUUUGCACAAAGUGAGGUGAAAACGCUCUGGAUUAUAUUAAGGAAUCAAGAUCCCCCUUUUUGGAAGCCGAAGCUGUCCCAUCCCAACCCCACGAGCUGUGAUGAAUAUCUGAAUGCGUGGGGGGCAGUAGGCAAUGUUGAGCAAAACAAUGUCCAUUGUAUGCGUAAGCAUAGGGCAAUGCUGUCGCCACCU